AUUUUUGGGUCGCUCACUCACUCUCAAUCCCAAAACGCUGCGUUUAAGACGCUAUCACUCACUCUCGGAACGACACCCAACUCCAAUCCUUUUAGAGCUGUUUUCAGAAAAUUUGUUGUGCUGGUUUUUGCUAGUUUUCGAAGAUGAAAGCUCUAAGCGGUGGCCAUGGCGGGCUGUGGGGCUGGAACAAUCCACCGAGAAAACCAAAAUCACACGACUCCGAACGACAAAGACGACGUUCUAAAUCCAGCUCCUCCGACUACCCAGAGGCCAAUCGAGGAGCUAUUAACCGAUUCCCCUUCAAGCAAGCCCUGACGGCCGGUUCUCUCGCUCUCACCGGCGACACAAUCGCGCAGCUUAGGGAACGCUGGAGAGAUGCAAAGGCUUCGAAGCAGCAUUCCUCUACAUACCCUGAUUCACAUGGUUUCUUUCAGGAUGUAAUACAGAAUCUCCUUUCAGACCACGAUUGGCUGCGUUCUGUUCGGAUGAUUUCUUAUGGGUUUCUUUUAUAUGGCCCUGGUUCUUAUGUGUGGUACCAGUAUCUUGAUCAUAGAUUACCAAAGCCAACGGUGAAAAACCUAAUGCUGAAGGUUUUAUUAAACCAAAUUGUGCUCGGUCCAUGUGUAAUUGCUGUUGUUUUUGCAUGGAACAAUUUAUGGAAAGGGAAGCUUUCACAGCUUCCAGAGAAGUACCAGAAAGAUGCGUUUCCUACACUACUUUAUGGAUUUAGAUUCUGGAUACCUGUCAGUAUAUUAAACUUUUGGGUGGUACCCCUCCAAGCCCGAGUUGCUUUUAUGUCAAUGGGAUCGAUAUUCUGGAACUUCUACUUGUCUUCAACUAUGAGCAAGUAAAUUAUUUGUGCAGGUUAUAAAUAUCUUACAUCAGCCUGCAACUUUUAGCAUGAGGCUAAUGGGGUUUGACAUGCAGUUCACCCAAGGCUGAAACAAAUUUGUGGGGGACCAUAAGUUACCACCCUAUGUUUCUUCUAUCUUCCUCAUAACAUUGGCUUCAAAUUUAUAUAAUUCUUUACCCCCCUCAUUUUUAACAAUUUUGAUCUAGUGAUCAAAUUAAGUUUCCAAGCUUCAAAUUUAAUGGAUUUGUUUUCAAAGGUUUAUCGUUGUAUAAGUUUCAUGCACUUUGCUUAUUCAAAUGCUUUCAUGACUGAGCCAUUUGGGAAUUAUUACUUGCAAGGUCAUGUGUCUUCUUGGAAAUGGACGAUGGACUAUGCUUUCCCGAA